CCAGAAAACUCACCCCAGCUGCUCUCACCACAGCUUUUGGUUGCCACGCUUUUCUGUCAUCCCUCAUUGCUAUUCUGUUUGAUGCAGGACAGUCAAUGAGAACUGUGCCCAAAUGGCAUUUUCAGCCCCAGCUCAACUCAAUAGUCAGCAAUAUAAAAAGUCACACGUUGUCUCUUGAGAGCAAAAUCCAACUUGAAGCGUGGGCUUUCUUCACCUGGAAGGUCUUGCACUGAACAGCAAGCUUUAGAGCAAACCCCCACUUUGCUCAAAGAUGUUGUCUUGCCUAAGUAAUAGAUCUCAAAUGGAUGCCAGAAACAGCGCAACCUCAUUAAGAAAUGAGUAGAAGUUCCAAAAUCCUGAAGGGAACCUCUCUCUCCGACCAGAAACACCUACAAGUGCAUCAUUUCUCUUUACGCCAUCUGGGUAACCUCUCCCAUUUCGUGUGUUUUCAGUCAUGAAAGAAGGCAAUUUGAGAACUGAAGGAUACAAACUCUUGACUAGAAUGUGUUGUCAUCUAUCAUCCCGACACGGAAAAAGCUUCCAGUGGCUCAUCUGCUGCAGUACAUCUUUCCUGAAUGCUGCCUGUCUCAACGCAAACUGCCUCACUUGAUUUUCGGUCUUGAAAGUAAAUUGUGAGGCAUAAAGCAACUGUUACAGGCAUAAAACUGUUAGUGUACGUAACAAAAAUUCAGGCAUAUUUAUUUAUUAAAAAAUAAAAAGAAAGACAGCAACAAAAACAAAAAGCAAGAACAAAAAAACAAACAAACAAACAAAAAAACCAAGCGGAAUAUUGGUCCAAUCGUCACCACUGCAAUCCAUACCGGAGCGAUGCCCCAGCUCAUGAAAACUAUUGCUAAAAACCACAUCAUAAUGUUAAAAGGUUAUGAUCUUGUGGGCCACGUUCCUGACUGCCCAGAGCCACGUGCAACCCGUGGGCCAUGGGUUGAACAGGCCUGGUGUGGUGGCAGACCUGGAGUGCUAGGUUAACAUUAGGACUCGAUGACAUGAGCGGUCUUUCCAACCCCAAAGGGGUCACCAAGCAGCAGGCUAUGACGUCACCGGGUGAUGGAUUGUGAUUGCAUGGCCCUCACUGCUUAUACCGGGGCGCCGGCAGAGCCUGGCUCAGUCUGGCUUGUUCCUGGAUCGUGCUGAGCGACUCUGCGAGGCUUGGAGGUCGAGCAAGGCUUUAGCUGUGCUGUGCCGGGCCGUGCCUGUGGCUGCUUGCAGCAGCUCCCAGAGCUCAUCCCCACAGCACCUCUCGUGUUUCCCUGGCCCUGCCCUGUGCAGGCAGCCGGGGCCCAGCGAGACGCGCCCGCAGCAGCGGAGUGCGUGACUGCAGCACCGGUGAAGGAGAGCCACUGUCACCCUCUGCUCUCUCCACCUGUAGCAGCCAGUAAGACGACCAUGGCCACAACAGAGGCGUGGACGUGUCCCAUCUGCCGCGACGUGCGACGAGACAUCGCGUCUGUGGUCCCGUGCAGCCAUCAGUUCUGCGUGGGCUGCAUCCAGCGGUGGGCGAGGCUGAGGGACAGCUGCCCGCUCUGCAGGACGGCCAUGAGGACCAUCAAGGUCUCUGUGUGGGGGGACCAGCACUAUGAAGAGUGCGUUGUCUCCCCGCCCGCAGUGCCGGUACCCGCUGGCUUCCAGCCCGGCACCGCCACCCACUCCAACGGCACUGCGGCACGUGCUCCAUCCCCGCUGCCACGGCCACCCCAGCAGACGGCCGCGGAGCCAGAGGCGAGGGCGAGGCUGGGCGGCCUCCUGCCGCAGGAGUGGGCGGCACUGUUCAGGGAGCGACACAGCAUCCUCAACCCCGUGCUGCCCUCCCUGCACCAGAAGCUCUCUGCCAUCCAAGGGAUCCACUGGUGGCAGGUCCUGUCGGCAGAGAGCCUCUUCCUCUGCUGCCUGUGUUGGAUGGGGCCGGACAGGGACUUCAUGCUCCGGUGCGCAGAGCCCAGCUUGGGACCCAUGGCCGCGCCGCUCACUGACUGGCUCGUGCAAGCCAUCGUCAGUCGCUGCGGCCGGGAAGCCCGCAGGCUGCGCGGCCUCGAGGAUGAGGAGGACAGCCGUGCGACCGCUUCCCCACAGAGGACCCUCACAGCCAGCACCACGCCCUCCGGCAGCUCUGCGGGCCUGGACGCGGAAGAGCUCCCCGGCACAUCCAGUGGGCUCCUUCACGGGGACGCUGGCGAGCUCCGCGCCGCACCCAGCCCUGGGGAGCGGGAGCAGCCCCGUGAGGAGCCGGGGCGGGAGGCAGCAGGGCCCAGCGCCCAGGGCCGCAGCCACGGCCGCUCCGCUCCCGGCCGGGGCCGGCAGCGCUGCUCUGGGGGACCCCGUCGGCCCACGAAGAGGAGGGCCAGCAGUGCCCUGGGUGCUCCACAGCCCUGCAAGAGGCCGCCCCCCCGGCGCCGCUAGCAGGGCUUACACGCCUUUGUCAUCAAGUAAAACAAUAAAUUAACAUUGAAUACUCCACAGAAAAUAGUUCUCCACCGCUGGUAUACGUACUGCCCAGAGGCAAGGAAGUGAAUACGGUGUGAUUGUCAAGCAAGGGAUAUUCUUCACCGUGCCUGAAGGUGAUUUAAACGAACACAAACAUGCUUUCAAUUGGUUCUAACCUAGCGAGGAAAUGAACACACCGGAGCGUCUGCGCACAUCGAAAGGGUGUACAAAACUGAGCUCAUCCUCUCUGCUGGAUGAGAGAUGACACCACCACUCCUCGCACUAAUCCCUAACACACAAGUGUACUGCUGCGUGUAGCAGAUUGGCUGUCCAAAUACUCCUCAAAAUACCAGCUCCUCACAGACUUCACUACCCACAUUCACUGGUUCAGUGUAUUCCUUUGUUUUUCUUAGGAUUUUUAGAACUCCAGUUCUUAGACUCAGGUCAGCCAUCGUUCUUUCCCUUGGUUGCGUUCAUUUCUCGCUCAUCAGUCCAUUUCAGAUGAGGACUGAUCCACUGACCCCCUCAGCAGCAAGAUUCUUAUGCUCUCUGACAAUAUCAUGCCGUACAUUCCAUGCAAAGAAUUUCCCAUUAUAUUUUCAGGCGCCUACCGAUCAGCUUUGUACAGGUACUGAAAUCUUAGCAGGAAGCCAAAGGCCUUUGCAUUUGUUUUGUUCUGGAGGACGUUGUGCCCUGUCCUGCCACGAACAUGCCUUUGGCUCUGGAGAAAGGAACGGCCAAUUAACCUCUCUCCUAUUCAUUAACUCAUCAAAUCGUCCCACUUGAGAAAGAGGACAGCUUACAGCAAGUGACAUCUAUAGUCACAUGAAAGAAAACCUGGCUCUCUAGCCCUACCCCUCAUGAGCGCAUGCGGAUAUGUGAUAGGCCUCUGUCCAUCAGUAAGGCAAUGCUGGGUGCUUCCCUGACUGGA